GUUCUACUUACAGUCACAACUGGCCACUACGCACGGCUGUGACGGGCUCGGAAGAAUAAAUGUGCGACUAGAGGUGUGUUAACAGGCUUUGCGUCGUCAGAUAUUAACAAACAAAAUGGAAGAAAAUAGGCGGAAGCAGAGAGUGGAGUUGCUGUCCUCGGAUGGAGAAGUCAUUAUUAUUGAUAGGAAAAUCGCCAAUCGAUUCGCAAGAAUUAGAGAUUUCCUAGGAGCUAAUGAUUGUCUGUACGUUCCGAAUAUAAGAUCUUUUAUUUUGCGGAAGGUGCUGACCUGGUCAUUCUACCAUAAAAAUGAUCCCGGGCUCAAGAGCGAUAGCGAAAGCACAUGGUGGUACACAGAAUUCUUCAAUGUGGACCAGACCAUUCUAUUGGAACUGAUGGAGACAGCCGACUUCCUGGACAUGAGGAGUCUGUUCAAUGUAGCCCAGGGGCUAAGGAGAAACGAGUAACUUCUAUGUAUGUACAUAGGGGAAUGGAUUACAGGAGCCACGAAUACAAAAUAAAGUAAUAAAUGGUGCUGAAGAUAGUCAUAAG